AUGGCAAUAUCUUCAAGCGCAAAUAUCAUUGUCGACCCCGAUGGAGAUUUAGUCCUCCUCUUGGAUCCGAACGUACCAAAAUCCCCAAAAUCCGACUCUUUUUCUUCAGUAGACGCCGAAGCUACUAACGCACCAAACGAUGACAUCUCCACGGAAUCAGAGAUGAUACGUUCCCUUGAUGGUGAAACAUCAGAGACUUCGCAGGACGAGCCACUUCCGAUUUACAGCGACCAUAUACUGGUAUCUUCGAAACAUAUGUCUCUAGCCUCACCAGUAUUUAAAGCAAUGCUUCAGGGCGGUUUUAGAGAGGCUAUUACCUUAAAGACAACGGGAAAACUUGAGCUUCCACUUCCAGAUGACGACCCCGCUGCCAUGAAGAUAUUGAUCGAUAUGAUCCACGGCCGUAUGAAAUUGAUCCCGGCAAAGAUUAACUUGGAGUUGUUCACGCAAUUAGCUAUUCUAGUAGAUAAAUACCGUUGCGCGGAAGUCGUUUGUCCAUAUCAUGACAUUUGGAAAAAUACAGUGCAGGAUUGGGCCUUUACGAGUGAAGAUAUGACUCGCUGGCUUUGUGUAGCUUGGCAGUUUGAGCUGGAUGCAGAGUUCCGUCAAGCUUCGACUUGGAUAGAGGGGCAAGCUACUUGUGAUCUCGUGACAACAAUGGCAAAAAUGAAGUACAAUCUACCAAUUCCGAAACAAGUAACUGACAAAAUAGAGAUGUAUCGCCUAGAAGGAAUUAGAAAAGCUGUCAAAUAUCUCGAAGAUUUCAUCAAGAUGUAUCAAAAUCCCGACCAUCGUUGCACUGCUACAACAAUUCCAGAAAUCGAGUAUAAGGAUCCAAAUCAGAGGGAUACAUAUCCUUAUUCAAGCAGAAGUCGUUCAGAUACAACACAGAUAUCAUUCCUGAACUAUGAUGAGGUCGUAUCUUACAGACGAGACUGUGACUCGAUGCUACUUGGCUCUUUGACAAAGAGUGCGAUUGAGCAUGGAUUAUUUCCUCUGCCAGUAUCACCAUACACUUCAUGGUCUAUGAUUUCUCUACGCCAUAAAAUUGGACUCCUUCAGGCCAGUAGUUUAUGUUCUAAACUCCUGAAGACAUCUGUCGUCCAACAUGACGUCAUCGACGGACUCAAGACGUCUGUUCGUGCUAUUAUGACGUUAGGCCUAACUUUGAAAGACGGUAAGAAGUUGGUUAGCAAUACAUGA